UCCUUCACACAUCAGAGGAGCAGAGUUCAGAAUCAAGCCUCCAACAACAACACACACACACUCCCUCACACUCUGUCUGCUUCACUACCUCUCUUUUUUUCCCACAAACACACUCAUGGAUUAUUAUUAUCACCUUCUGCUGCUGUGGACCUGCAGUCUGCUGCCAGAUCUUCAGCUCUGUUUCAACUUUGACACGAAGAACUUCAAGAUCUUCGCCGGUUCUAAAGAAACCCAGUUUGGAUACACAGUCCAGCAACAUGAGGCAGGAGGACGCCAGUGGUUGCUGGUUGGAUCUCCCUUUGAAUCCACAGGGAAACAACAGACUGGAGAUGUGUACAGAUGUCCGCUGGAUAACAGAAACUCUGUCAACUGCAGCCGACUCAACCUGGGGAAGCUUUCUUUGGACAACGUGUCCGAGAGGAAAGACAAGAUGAGGCUGGGUAUGACGCUGACCUCCAACCCUAAAGACAACAGCUUUGUGACCUGUGGACCACUCUGGUCUCAUGAAUGUGGAAGCUCCCUGUACAGCACAGGAAUCUGCUCCAGAGUCAGUCGAAACUUCAGACUGUCCCACACCAUCGCACCCGCCCUGCAGAGAUGUGAGACGUUCAUGGACAUCGUGAUCGUUCUGGAUGGUUCUAACUCCAUCUACCCCUGGUACGAGGUCCAGGACUUCCUCAUCAACAUCCUGCACAAGUUCUACAUUGGCCCAGGUCAGACGCAGGUUGGUGUGGUUCAGUACGGCUCCACGGUGGUUCAUGAGUUCAGUCUGGGUGAGUACGAGACGGUGGAAGAGGUGGUGGAGGCCGCCAGGAGCAUCCACCAGAGGGGUGGAGAGGAGACGAGGACAGCACUGGGCAUCAACGUGGCGAGGUCGGAGGCGUUCAAGCGUGGUGGCCGCCCUGGCGCUCAGAAAGUGAUGAUUGUGAUCACAGAUGGUGAAUCUCAUGACAGUCCUCAGCUGGUGCAGGCCGUUGGUGACAGCGAGAGAGACAACAUCACCAUGUACGCCAUUGCUGUUCUGGGUUAUUACAACCGUCGGGGAAUCAAUCCUGAAGCCUUUCUGAAAGAAAUCAAGUUCAUUGCCAGUGAUCCAGAUGAGAAACACUUCUUCAAUGUGACGGAUGAGUCGGCACUGAAAGACAUUGUGGAUGCUCUGGGGGAGAGGAUUUUCACUUUGGAAGGAACCAGCAGUCAGGGUCGAGGGUUCGGCCUGCAGAUGGCUCAGGCUGGUUUCUCCUCACAUUUAGUUAAAGAUGGUAUUCUGCUCGGAGCGGUCGGCGCCUACGACUGGAACGGUGCAGUGCUGAAGGAAACUAAACAUGGAAAAGUUGUUCCUCCAAAAUUCUCCUAUAAGGACGAGUUUCCAGAGGAACUGAAGAACCAUGGAGCCUAUCUAGGUUACUCGGUGGGUUCACUCGUUUCGUCUCGUGGCUCACAGCUCUACGUGGCUGGAGCGCCAAGGUUCAACCACACCGGCAAGGUCAUCGUCUUCACUCUUAAGAACACUGGAAACCUGACCAUCCUUCACGCACUGCUGGGAGAGCAGAUUGGGUCAUAUUUCGGCAGUGAGUUGUUAUCGAUGGACAUAGAUGGAGAUGGACAGACUGACAUCCUCCUGGUGGCAGCACCCAUGUACUACAGUCAAGGCUGGGAGAGAGGGAAAGUUUACAUCUACUCUGUCACACCACAGACAAGAUUUGUCCUGCAGGGGGCACUGGAGGUGUCCGACCGCUCUCAGAACUCCCGUCUGGGUUCAGCGUUGGCCCAGAUACCUGACAUGAAUGGAGACGGAUUCAGGGAGCUUGUAAUUGGUGCCCCACUGGAGGAUGACCACCAGGGGGCAGUUUAUGUCUUUUAUGGCCAGGACAAAACCAUCCAGCGCCAGUACAGACAGCAUCUCUCUGCAGCUGGUUUUUCUGCAGGUCUGCAGUAUUUUGGACAAAGUCUUCAUGGUGUUCUGGACAUUAAUGGAGAUGGGCUUGUCGAUCUUGCAGUGGGAGCACUGGGAGCUGCCGUCAUCAUCUGGUCUCGUGGUGUGGUGCGGAUUCAAGCCAAACUGACCUUUGAACCCGAGAAGGUCAACAUCUUCAACAAGGACUGUCGGCGUGGAGGGAAGGAGGUCACCUGCAUGUCUGUUAUUGUUUGUCUGAGUCUGGACUCCAGGACAAAGACAAAGACAAAGACCAGGACAGAUGUUGCUGUUUGGUAUAGCCUGGUGUUGGAUGAGAGGCGUUUUCCCCCACGAGCCGUUCUGGACGAAUCAGACCGGCAGCAGCCCAGGACUCUGUUUCUGCAGACUGGAAGUCAGAGCUGCCAACGCCUCGGCUUCUCUGUCCAGGAGACACCAGAUUAUGGACGUCCCAUUGUGGUUUUUCUGGAGACAGGGAUGCAGAACCUAGAUGAAGGGCCAGUGUUGGACCCUGACUGGCCGAGUACCCUGAGGGCAGAGCUUCCCUUCUGGAAUGGCUGCGAGCAGGAGGAUACCUGUGUUCCCGACCUCAUCCUCCACAGUCAAACUGAUCUCAUGAAUGUUCAGCAGUUCUGCAGCUCGAGGGACCGAGCAGCCUGGUCGCUCUGCAGCCAUCAGGAGGUGUCGUUGGGCUCAGUGUCUGUAGUGGAGACUGGGAGGAGGAGGAUGGUGGUGUACGCUCGACUGGAGAACCAGGGAGAGAAUGCGUACGGAACCUCCAUCGACAUCUCCACCUCCACCAACCUGGUGUUCUCCAGCCUCAUUGUCAAGGACCAAUCAGAUAUUCAGAUUGAAUGCUUCGCUGAGGACAGACUGGCCAGUCAGAGGUUCUGUAACCUUAGUGCUCCAUUCCUGAAGUCAUUGUCCCAGGUAUCUUUCCGUCUGGAGUUUGAGUUCAGCCGCUCUGUCUUCCUGGAUCACCUACAGGUUGUCAUGGGAACCACCAGCGACGGUGAAGACGGAUAUCCAGACGACAACAUCAACGACAUCCUCCUCCCUCUGAAAUACCAAACUGACCUCCUCUUCACCAGAGACCCUAACCCUCCUCGUUUUGAAAUCAAAGAAGACUCCUUCUCUUCUUCCUCUUCAUCCUGGGACCAGUCAGACAGCAGCUCUCCCACCUUCAACCUCACUUAUUACAUCCAGAACCUGGGCAUCUUCUCGGUGCAUGACCUUCUGUUCAGAGCUGAUGUCUGGGCUGUGACCAGGCGGGGAAACCAGCUGGUCAACAUCACAGACUACAGCAUCGAACAGGUAGCAGGGUCUCACUGCACGCUGCCUCAACUCAGAACAACCAGUCAGGUUACAGCUGAAGACCUGUCUCAGCUGUCACAGCUGAACCAUAGUAACAGUGAGAGCAUGGCAGUCCAGUGCAGACUGAACCUGCCGGCCUCCAGAGAGGUGAAGGUGAUGCUCAGAGGACAACUACAACUUCCUGCUCUGCUCGCUGUGAGCUUCAAGUCUCUGGAGAUACUGACUGCUGCCUCCAUCCAGCUGGACGCCUCCAGUCCCAUGUUCCUCCAGGAGGACAGGCCUGUCAGACGGAUAAUCCUGGAGCUGAGGAAGGAGGAGGAAUACACCGUCCCCUUCUGGAUCAUACUGGGCAGCUCACUGGGAGGUCUGCUGCUACUGGCCUUACUGGUGCUGGCUUUGUGGAAGCUCGGCUUCUUCAACAGACGGAGGAGACAGGAAGAGGAGGAACAGCCUGUAGCCAAUGGGAAGGCGGCAGAGGAGCUAUAAUGUGUGGGCGACACUGAUGCUGCUUCCUGUCGAUCUUCUUCAACUUGUAAAGUCACAAAAUCAAGUUGUUCAUGACUCAGUUUAACCUGUUACAGGAGUUAAAUGGCAGGUGUGGAUGAUAAAAUCAGAAAUGUUUUAGUUUACGAGUUGACGAGGAUCACCUGAAUGCAUCACAAGCCUCCACCUGUCACUCAGGGACCCUGAUGCCCCACCCCCAGCUUAUCACUCAACCAGUUACAGCCAUCGAUGACUAAUCAGCCAACCAGUCGCGCCCCUAAACAUAUGACCCAAUUAGCCGAGUACAAGCUUACUGUAAAACCUAUUUAUGAACCAGCAAAUCAGCCAACAACCAGCUCCAGUCAGUCAACAAGCAAACUGCUCACCAGCCACAACCUCCAGAGUUAUUUAAUGAUGUGGAAGAACAAGGCAAGGUUUAUUUAAAAUGAGCAAUCAUAGUUUCUCUGCACUCAGCAUGUCAACAGUCUCAUGUUAAGAUGCUUUUUAAGAGAAUUAAUGGAGGUUUGAGAGACUAAUAAUCUCUCCACCAUGAUAAAGACAACAAAUGAGGGAAUAUCUUUUGGAAGAAUGGAUUUCACAUUUCCUCACAGAUUUGGCAGAGAUUUGAAGAAUCAAUGAUGAGUAGCAGUUGUGGACUGACACCUCACUAAGACUCUUUAUAGCUGUGACUUUAAUUAGUCAUCCAUUAGUUUAGCAUUUGGAGAACAUCAUGGAGGUUCAAGUGGACAUUGAGAAGUGGCUGAUGGUGACAAAAGAAGUUCUGAAGAGCCUGGAAAGGAUGUGUUAAGGUGCCAUUCAACUAUGGAAAAACUGUGUUGGUGUGAGUUCACUUCUUUUCACGCUGUGUGAGACGGUUCUAGGUCACCGUGUGUCUCAGAUUGUAUGAAAUCAGACUGUGUGAUGAAUGUGUAGUGACACAAAAGGAAAGAGAGAAUGAUUAGCAGAGGCAUGUCAUCGGCUCAUCUCAUCCCUCUGAUCUUUCCAAAUCUGAUCUGAUGUUUUGAAAAAGGCAGCAAUGCAGCCACACUUCUUUUUCAUUUUGUAUUCUGUCAUUUCAUGUCCUAUUCUGAUUAUUUUUGUUUCAUCUGAUAGUUCCGAUACUGUUUGUAGUCAUAGGUUGAAAAAGUCCUAAUUUUCGGACUCUUUCAGCCUCUCUUUGGUCUCACAGUGAGACCCAGGACCAUUAUGUUUCAUUGACGACCAAAGACUUCAUGAAGUUUCUCUCACAAUUAUCAAGUUUCAUCUCAGACAGUUUAACUACGAGCUUAAACACUGACUGAAACACCUUUACACAGUAUAAGUGCUUUAGAUAAUGUGGCUGAGCGGGGAGAACCUGCCCAGCCACAUGUGUGAUUUGACGCCUUAUGAUAAUGUUCACAGUGUUGUGGAGUUAUGCUGAGCAAAGCUGCUGAGACCUCAGAUCCUAACAACGAAGCUCACGAGUAAAACUGAUGAGAGAUACAAACAAAAUUAUAAAAAUAAGACUCAGUUUGUAAAAUAGAACAUUUUAUUCACAGUGAAUCCAGUCGAAACCAACUGAGACUGACUUCAUAUCAGUAAGGAAAAACACUAGACUACCUAAGAUGGCUGAUUUAAUUUUUUCCUUUUUUAUACUAACAGAAAUUGUAAAUGCAUCUUACAAACUUAUAUUGUAUAUUAUUUCCAAAUUUAUAGCUGAUGCACUUUUGUUGUAUAAAGUCAAACUUGAACUUUUUUGUAAAUAUACACGUGUAUGAUGAAUAAGGUUGAUAAGGAUAGUGGCAUUAUUGUUUGAUAUGAAGCUGUUGUUUCUACAGUAUGUUUGUACUGCCGCUCUGCCUGUGGAUGUACUCGUUUCACACAAGUUUGAUAUGUUCAGUAUUUGUGUUAAUAUAGGAAUAAAGCUGAGAAAUGUAAA